AUUUGAGAUGCUCCUUGUGGAGUGAUUUUGUGCACUUUUGAGGCUUCACAACCAUGGAAGAACACAUGUCAAGUAUUGAAUCAGCAAACCUAGAAUCGCUCUCAGAAAAUGAGCUGUUAAUUCUGCACACAGCUGAUGCACAGGAAUGGGCGAUGUAUUUAGAGCACAUCUUGAAAGCCUCUCCUACAUUCCGCCAAUGGUCUAUUGUGCUGUAUGCCGUCAGCCCAGCGGAUCAGCUCCAUGGAUAUAACUUUGACUGUUACCAAAACUGCCAGUGCAUAGUGCUUCUCCUCUCGGGAUCAUUGCUGGACAUGCUCUAUGAGCCUGAACCGCAGAGAGAACUUCAGAGACUUCUUUACCCUCCGCACAGAGUGGUGGCGCUGCUGUGCGGCGUGACAGAGGAUGACAUGCUGAUGGAGAUCUUUGAAGAUUGGCAGAGCUGGAGAAAAAUCUAUGCUGACGAUGAACCUGCUGUCUACGUUUCCACCAUUUUGGAGUCCAUUGAUGACAGCAGGCGAGUGUGGGUUGAACAUGAGAGCGAGGCUGCAACUGAAGCUGAAGUUGAAGCUGAAGUUGAAGCUAAAGCUGAAGCUGAAGCUGUAGCUGAAGCUGAAGCUGUAGCUGCAGCGGAGUUGCACAUCACAGCAGCCUAUUCAACCGAAAAUCCCACCACUGAUGAAACAGAGGAAGUGGUGUCAGAAGAGCAAAAAGAAACUGUCCUGAAGGAUAAAGAACCAGUGAGUACGGGGAUUUCAUCAAGCGAGGAAAUCAGUACACCCACGCAUCUCACCUGUCUCACAGUUCAGCCAAACAGAGUACUCUGCGGGGAAUUGGAGACACUUUUUAUCAUUUUCAAGCACAAAAUAGAUGAUCAGUCGGUACCAGAGGUGGAGUUUUUGUCUGAAAAUGGUUCUGCAAAAAGGAUCCCCGGCACUGUGGAGAAUGAAUAUACUAUAAGUGUUACUGCACCGGAUAUGCCCGCUGGAGUGGUAUCGCUCACCAUGUACACUGACCAAUCCUGUGUCAGCUUAAAGCCUGUUACAUAUUAUACCAAUAUGGGAGAAGUCAGUCGGUUUGUUGAAAAUGCUACUGAUCCUGUUAACUUCAUCUGCCAGGCCUUCAACUUGACAUCCAAUGCAACAGAAUCACUGGACAACAUGCUAACUGACUCGUUAAAAUCCAGGAUGCCCGAAACUGGUCUUCAGCUGUUUGGAAUCAGACAGAUUGAAGAAGACAAUAUGGCAGCAUAUCAGCGUAAUGAGGAGCUUCCCACGCUGCUUCAUUUUGCUGCUAAGUACGGCCUGAGGAAGCUGACCACCAUUCUCCUUCAGUGUCCUGGGGCUCUGCAGGCUUACAGCGUGAUGAACAAGUAUGGAGACUAUCCAAACACGUUGGCAGAGAAGAGCGGCUUCUCAGAUCUCAGACAGUUCAUGGAUGAAUUUGUCGAGACAGCAGACAUGCUCAAGUCUCACUUUGAGGACUCCAUCAACACAGAGGAGAGUGCAGAUGUGUAUGAGUUGAUGUCAACUUCGUCUCAAGACAUCAUGAUGAAGUACUCAGGUUGCCCAGAGGACAUAUAUGAGUCAAUGCUGGGGAUUGACCCUGACUGUGCAGAGGACCUAUAUGAGGUAAUGAGUGCGGUAGACGAGAACCCUGAGGAAGCUAUGCUUAGGAAGUUCUUCCAAGCAAAACCUAAUGCCAGUGUAAACCAUGACAAGAACCAGCAUCUGAAAACAACUGAAGACAACCAUAAUGACUUAGAUCAAAUUGAAGAAGAGGAGGAUCCAUACAACCUCUGCCCAGAGGAUAUCUAUGAUAUUGUGGAUGAAAAUAGUACCUAUAACCCAGCAAUUCUGAACCGUCCACCAGCCCCCAUCCCAAGACCGGAAUCUGAGCCUGAGCCUGAAAAGCCUAUGACCUACAUCUCUAGAGUGUUUUCAGAUAAAGAUACGUCCCAGACUAGAACGGUGGAAAUGGGAUAUCCUCCAGGUCAGCCUGCGGCGGAGCCCUUCUCUCCUGUUUAUGAUCCUUAUGCUGGGAUGAAGACACCUGGACAGAGACAGCUCAUAUCUCUGCAGGAGAGGGUGAAAGUCGGAGAAAUUACUGUGGAUGAGGCCGUCCAAGAGUUCAAAUCCUGGCAGCUUGACCAUGAGCGGAGGGCCAACUCCAUACGCUAUCAGCAGGAAAAUCUGAAGAAAUUACGAGACAGCAUCACCAGACGUCACAAAGACAGACAGAAGACAGGAAAGGAGCUUGAUUAUGAGAUAAGUGCUCCGCUGCAGAGGAAUUUAUACUGGGGCUCUAGUGUGACAUUAGAGUGUUCUGUGUACGAAUCGACACCCAGAGUGGUGGCUCCCCCUCCAGCUCCAGCGGCUCAUGCUAUCCAGAGAGGAACCUGGAAGACUGGUAGCACGUCCAGCACAUCUAGUACUGAGAGCAACAGACUCAGCACUCACAGCACCUUUAGCUACAGCAGCGGAACAGAGCCUGACUUUGAGGACACAAUAGAAAAUGUCCCUCCUCCACCACGACCUCCGAGGCCAUCUGAUGCUGCAUCCCUCACUGCUCCACCGAGGAUUCCUCCACGGAUCCCAGAAAGUAGGGUGCCAGAGAAGAUGCAUGAGCGCUACAUAUCCUGCCCGACGCGAGCACCUCCUCAAAGACCCACUCACAGACACACAAACUCAGCACCUCCCAUACCUCGCCGCCUGCGGUGAUAAAGACAUGUCUGUUUUUGCUGGAUUUAGUCUUUAAAGUAAUGGGUUAUUUUUAUGUAAGAGGGAGGGUGGAGUUGGAAAGACAUUGUGAUUAACAAGACUAAUCCACACAGA